AUGUUCAAAGCGAGAUCCCGGCCAGGGUUCCACUAUACCAACUUCACAAAACAGGCUGUUCAAGGCUCCACAUCUAAGAAAAGACAAAAAGUCCCAAGAGUCAGAUACUUGUUUGCCGUGGUAUUGCUCUCCUAUGGAUGCCUCUAUUUUGUGACCAGUAAGAUGACCAAGAAGGCACCCCGGACCUCAUUUACCGAGCGUGAGUUCGAGCAGUAUGAGAAGGAUUCGGGCUUGAAAAGACGGCUGAAGUUGGUGCCUGUCGAAAAAAAUAACCAGUAUACAUUUUACGCUGUGCCAUUUGCACACGACCAGAGUAAGAUCUUGGAGCUUUUGCAGACGGUGGUUCCUGAGGGAAAGCAGAUGAAGGUGAUUCACCCACAGCUGUUGAUUCAGAAGGAAAUGGAGGAACAAGGAAAGUACUCGUAUUUGCUCGAGGAUUUGAAGGCCCAAGGCAGAUCGCUACCCAGGGGCUUGGUUACUGCGUUGGUUAAGCAGGAAGUACAGUUGUUCAUGAACACGACCGGUGGCCAGUACGACACCACCAUUGUUUUGAUGAACUAUCCGCAAACCACGGAAGAGGCCAUCAAGUUUGAAAACGAUGUUGCCGACGUCCAUUCAUGUGUUGUGGCAUCUGGCGAUUUCGAUGAAAAUCUCGCGGCCGACAUGAGCGUCGAUAGUGUUAGACAGAUCAACAAUGUCGUGGGCUACUUCGACAUUGUUGAUAAGGUGAAGAAGAUUUAG